AUGAAGAAGAGAAAUUAGAAACUAUGUAUGUAAAUCAAAUAAUAAAUUAAGCUGAUUUAUAUGUCACAUCAAAAGUACUUUGUGCUAAAUUUGGAACAUAUACAAAGAAAUUGAUAGUAGGUGGAGAUGAAAAAAAUUGUGUUCAAAUCUGGUAAAUUGGAAAUUAAAAACCUAUUGCUGUAUUUAAAUAAUACAUUACUAGACAUUAAGUUCAUAAAAUAAUUCAAAUGCUUAAGUUGAAGUUGCUAGUGUGAAUUUUAGCUUUAAUGAAACUGAAGUAUUCUCAGGAUCCAAUAGAGGUAUAAUCAAUAUUUGGGAUGUUGAAAGUUAAAAAUGUAAUUUAUAUUCAAAUUCAUAUAGAAAUUUAAACACUUAAAGGUCAUACUACUUGUGUUAAUACACUUUGUAUUUAUCCUACUGAAGAAAAUAAACAUCUUCUCUUAAGUGGAGCCUAUGACACUUCAAUUAAAUUAUGGGAUUUGAGGACCAAAACUGCAGUCAAUCAAUUUAAAGGACAUAGUAUGUAAAUCAAUGCUUUGGCAGUCUCUCCAAAUUGUAAAUUAUUAUCAUCGGGUUCAAACGAUGGAUAAGUUAAAAUUUGGGAUAUCAAUUAAGCUAAAAUAAUAGCAUCUUUUACUUAACAUGAUAGUUAAAUUACAUGUCUAAGUUUCAAUCCUGUUGAUAAAGCAAUGGCUUCAGGUGGUGGAGAUAGAUGUGUCAGAUAUUGGGACUUAGAUCGAUUAACUUAAGUAAUUUGAUCUUUUGAUAUAAUAGUUAUCAUCUACAAGAACAGAUACAACUCCUAUUUAAUGCAUCUUAUUUGAAUAAAAUGGAAAAGUAUUAUAUUCUGCAGCCUACGAUUCUCUAAAAGUUUGGGAUGUAGAACAUGAUUGUUAACUUUUGGAUAAUGUUGAAAGUAGUUGGAGGGGAGUCCUAGAUUUGAUAGUAGUUUAAGAAAGAGAUCAGUUAUUGGGACUUGCAUCAAAUGUGCAAUCUGGAUUUAGUCUUCAUGGGGUCAAUCUCAAAACUAUUUGUCAAGAUAACAAAAAUGUUGAUGUUAGAUCUAGUGGAGGUGUUCCUAAAUAAAGAGGAAGAACACCUGAUAAAAGAUCAGAAAUCUAAACUGCUAAUUCUAAGCCAUCUGAUUCAGAAAGCAAAGUUAAAAGUAAACCAUCAUUACAGAUGCAAGCAUAGAAUAUAUUAAAUUAGGAUUAUUAAUAUGAUCGUUAAAAGUCGAAUGAAUAAUUUAAAGAGAUAUAAUAAUAAUAAUAAUAAUAAUAAUAAUAACAGCCUUAUUAUUAAUAAUAAUAAAUUAUUGGAUAACCAUAUGUUAAUAAUAAUGCAUAUCAAUAAUUAUAGUAAUAUCCUCAAUAACAAAUGGUUUAUUAAUAUUAAAUUUAAUAACCUCAGUCAUUUUAGUAAUAAGCUCCUUUGCUUUAUCAAUAAUAACCUAAUCCACUUUAUCAAUAACAACAAUAAUAAAAUUAAUUAUAUUUAUAAUAAAAUCUAUUGUCGUAAUAAUCACAGCAGCAACUAUUUCAAAAUCAUGAUUCAAAUUAAUAUUAUUCAAAUCAAGUAUAAACUACCAUGAAUUAAACUAUGCACACACCAUAACAUAAUCAAUAAAAACUAAUUACAUAUAUUUAGGUUCCUUAAGUUCUUCCUCCAAAUAUUGAUGAUGAAGAUAAACCUUAAGAUGAAUCUGAAAUUAUGGCUUCAAGUGAUUUAACUCUCUCUUAAUUUAUGAUGGGAGAUUAAAACAAAGAAAAAUUUAAAUAAGUAGAUCUAAUCCAUGAAAUUGUCAAAGAUCAUAAUAAAGUUUAAUCAGUCUUGACUUAAAGAAUUAAUUAUAUGAAACCUAUUCUUCAUUGGUGGAGUAACAACAAUCUUAAAUCUGCAAUGAAUGCAAUCACUCAGUAAAAUUAGUAUUUUAUAUUAGAGUAAUGGAACCCUCUAUAUUACAAGAUGCUCUAUCUCUGUAUUCUUAAUCAAAUAAAUUAGGAUAAGUACCUAUUGAUUCUAUCCCUAUGUUAUUGGAGAAAGCAAGAAUUUUAAUUGAAUCAAAGUACUCUUCAUAUGUAAGAAGAGGACUUGAUUUUGCAUGGACAACACUUAAUUAAUUUAGAGAUGUAAUUUUAUUAAAUUUUAUACAAGGAAAUCCUUAAUAUUAAACUAUUCAAUUAAUUAUCAAAAGCAGAUUUAGCAAGGGAAGAAAGAAUUUAAAAAUAUGAUAGAGUGAUUGAACAAUUUAAAAUUAUAGUUUAAACACCAAAAUUACAAAAACUAAUUGAUGGAAAUAAAGUAGAUCUCUCAGAUUUAGCUAAGAAAUUUUAAAUUGAAGUUGUUGGAUUUCUCAAAAAAGUGAAUUAGAAUUAAAUGCAAAAUUGA